GUUAGUCAAUAUGCUUAUGGAUAAAGCAAACAACGGUGGUGACGUAAUUCAAGGUUAGCGUAAGACGAUCCUAAAUUUCCAUACACUACUGGACUCUCAGUGUCCAGCUCUCUCAUGCGACGGUGAGAAAUUCCGGCAGGCCGGAGAUAUCAUAAUCACCUAUUCAUUUCAUAUCAAUCUUUUCCGGCGAAUUGAAGCGAUCAUGGGCGGCGAUAGAGACUCGCCUUUUCUUACUUCUACUCACGAUUCUGAAUCGGCGUCACUGGGGGAAGAUUUCUCUGUGCGAUCGCCUGCCUCACCCAUUCUCUCCGGUGAUGUUCUUGGCGGUGGAGUGGCGAAUAGUGAGAGUGGAGUUGGGUUUGAAGGAUCUGAGGUGAUUGGCCGUCCAAUUUCUUCCAUAUCUGAGGCUAACAGGAAGCGGGAACGCAACAGCAUAUAUAUGAAGGUUUGGAGGAGCUAUGGUGAACUGCAGGACCGGUCCCGAAAGUAUGCAAAAGGGAAAAUCUUGGGCUAUACUCCGGGAUCAUGGACUGAAGGAGUUGGCGGUACAAAAUUACGUGACUAUAAAGUUCCAAAAACAACGACCAUCUUGUUGGUUGGUCCAAAAGGUUCUGGUAAAAGCAGUCUAGUGAACAAGAUUUCAGAUGUUUUUGUGUCCAAAAAGUUUGCAUCACAAAGAGCACAAGUGUCGUUUAAUCCUUCUAUUGGAGGUGGUACCUGUUUCGCCCAGGAGUACAUGAUCCCGAAAUGUGAAAAAGAUUUCUGUCUAUAUGAUACACCGAGUUUGUCUGAUGAUCAAUCUAAAAAUGAAGACAUGCUGAAACAUUGGAUGACAAAAGGCGUUCGUCAUGGAGAACCUAUUAUCAGGGCUUCUGAUGAUGUGGGUUUCGAGACUAGAAUGGAGUGCAAUGCUCACGAUGGAUACUCGCCCUUAGAGGCCCGACCCAUCAACUUUGCGGUGUUUGUUGUCAAUGCUCUUUCUGUUCUUGAAGCAAUGGAAGGCGCAAUGGAAGGCGAAGAUGAAAAAAUGAAACGCUAUACUGAAGUCGUUUCGAAAGCAUUCAAUAGCCCCUUCCUAUCAUUCAAAGAAGACAAGCCUGUAGUUGUUGUUACACAUGGUGAUUUACUCUCGCUUUCUGAACGUGUUCGUGUGCGUAUUCACUUGGGGGAACUUCUGGGAAUCCAUCCAAAGACGCAGAUUUUUGAUAUCCCAGAAAGUGAUGAUUCUGGAACUAAAGUGGCAAUUCUUGAUAUGCUACACUAUUGCCUUUACCAUGCUGAUAAAAAUCUACCCCUUAAAGACGGUUUCUCGAGUCGGUUUUUGCAGGCAAAGGUUUCACAUCCACAAUUGUCUAUUGACCUGUUGGUGACGGCUAUGCUGCUGUCGUUUGUCUUUGGCGUUUACUAUCGAUCCCAUAUUCAUCACGCUGCUCGGACCUCCUCAGCUCCUGGGUCGGACUGUACUCAUACGUUUUCUAGACCCGAGGCUCGCAAUUUUCAGCACGCUGCUAAGGAUUCCUCUUCAGCACCCGAGGCUCCCAAGUUUCAGCACAUUGCUAAGGACUCCUCAUCGGCACCCGAGGCUCACAAUUUUCAGCACGCUGCUAAGGACUCCUCUUCAGCACCCGAGGCUCCCAUGUUUCAGCACACUGCUAAGGACUCCUCAUCGGCACCCGAGGCUCACAAGUUUCAGCACGCUGCUAAGGACUCCUCAUCAGCACCCGAGGCUCACAAUUUUCAGCAUGCUGCUAAGGAUUCCUCGCCAUCUUUAAUGCCUGAUGCACAACAUAGGUAUGAUGCAGACGGGGAUUCCUCUACUAAAUUCAAUCCCCAGAUAGAUUGGUCUAAAAUACGACACUUAUGUGGCACGAUGAUUGAUCAAUUUCGGUCAGCAGAUGAAUAAGCAUUGUCAAUAUCUGGAUCCUGCAAGAACACUCAAAUGUAUGCAUUUUCUUAUGGAAACUGAAAAUGUGUUUGAGCUUCAUAUAUAAAUGCUAUAAUAAAAAGCAGUUCUUGUA